AGGCGAUCGACCACGCCAAUCCUUACCACCUUAUACCGACCCCGCUCAUUGUCGCGUUUUUGCCAGGAUGCGGUGGCCUGCGCUGUUUCUGCUCCCAACGUUAGCUCUCGCCUACUGCCCAGAGAUUUUCAAAAAUCAGACAGCCUGCUCAUGUUUCGAUUAUUUGGACGGUUCCGUCAUUCGCUGUUCUGGGCAGGAAGGACCAAUCAUGGUCGAGCAGAUGAAAAAAUCGCAUUUUGAAAUUAGGGAGCUGACAUUGGAAAACGCCAAUAUCGUCGAAAUUGGACCAAGAGCUUUCAAAAAUCUCCGUAUAAAGAAGUUGGUGCUGGAUAAGAACCGUAUCAAAGCACUGCAUAAAGACGCGUUCCGAGGAUUGGAAAACGUAUUACAGGAGCUGUCCAUAGCACAGAACAAGUUGCCAGAGGUUCCAAGUGAGGCUCUUGCUGGUCUACGCGCACUUAACGUGCUCAGCCUAAAAUGCAACAGGAUUGGAAACCUAACAGGGCCUGUAUUCAAAAACCUAACCUCCCUGAUCGACGUCAAUCUAUCUUGCAACGAGAUCUGCGACGUCGCUCCGAACACGUUCGAUGGGGUUCGCGACACUUUACAAAAUCUCAUUCUUGAUAUGAACUGCUUGGAUAAGUUCCCUGCUGGGGCAGUGAAUAGCAUGGAAAGUCUAAUUGCUCUGCACCUCAAAUACAAUAACAUCGACACUAUUGACGCCAGACAACUUACUAAUCUAUCGUCAUUGUCUAUGCUUUCUCUAAGCAGCAACAAUAUUUCUUCCAUCCAUCCGCUGGCACUGGAGAACACACCAAACCUACGAUACGUCUACCUAGCCGAAAACCAACUGUACAACUUUGACGUCGGCACGAUGGCACAAUUCAAGCAAACUCAGGUGCUUGACCUAGCAUUUAACAAAUUAUCGGGAAUAACCACUGAUACUUUCGCAGGAUUAGAAAGUUUGCAGCAUUUGAAUCUUGAGAGUAACAAUAUCCAGUCGAUAGCCCCUGGAGCGUUCGCAGGAAUUCCUCUCUUACUUCUAUGGCUUCCUAAUAACUGUUUGGAUACAAUCAGUCCAACAACAUUCCAAGGAGCACUCUUCUUGCGCCAACUAUCACUCGCUAACAAUAAUAUCAAGGAUAUCCAGCCUCUUUCAUUCAAUCAUCUUGCAAACCUCCAUACCAUCGAUCUUGCAAAUAACAAAAUCCAGUCGCUCCAGCAAGGUGCAAUCCAGGGAACUGAUCAUCUUACUGUUCGAUUGCAAGAAAAUCCUAUGGUCUGCUCACAAGACGGUUUUCAUGUCAUGAACGGCCCUCAAGCUAUAAACUUGACAACAGAGCCCAACAACAUCUGCAAAACAAAAUGGCAGGAGGAGACGCCUGAUGUUUGUCCAAAGGCUCUCGCACGACCUGCACAGCCACCAUGCUGUAAUCGAAAACCACCCACUACCACCGCAGCUCCGACGACUACAACUGCUGCUAUAUCGACAUCAUCGGAGGAGGAUACGACAACUUCUGCAGAAGAAACGACAGCUUCGAACGAAGAAACAACGUCUUCAAAGGAAGAAAAAGACGAUGAAGAGGAAGCGAAAGAAGAAGAUGACGAGGAAGACAGUAACGAGGAAGAAGAGGAAGACGAUACUGAAGAUACAGAACUCAGCCAAGACUCGGUGACAACUGAACCCACCACGAACACAACAACAACUGAAGCGACAACCACAACUUCGAAAGUGCCAAGAAGAAAGGUGAACAUGGAUCGAUUCUGGAGACUCUCGCAUAAACCUGCAGCAGGAUCGCCUUUCAUGAGGCAUCAAGUGAAUUCCGCUAUGAAGCCGAAAUACCUCAUAACGACUGCGCCCCCCGCACCACGAGAAGAGGAGGAAGCUGAUGAGGACGAAGAAGAAGAGGAUGAAGGAGCUGAAGAAGAGGAAGAGGAAACAACAACACGAAAAGAAUCUCGGCGAAUCCCUGCAAGAAUUCGUGAGCGACAAAAGAUGCUUGGCAAAAUGCCGCCAUGGCUGCGAACAUCAUCUAAAAACAAAAGUGAACCAGAAGAGGAGUUCAAUGAGGACGAGGAAAGUGAAACUGUACAAGUCAACGAUCAAUCCAAGCACUAAUUUCGCAUUUUGUCAUCUCUAUCAUGUGUCUCUCCUAUUCAGAAGGAAAUCUCAUUACGUGUCGCAUAUCAUGGAAUUCAGUGUGCCG